GCGCGAGCUGGCGGCCUUCCCAAAAUUCGCCACACACACACACACACAGCGCGCACACACACACAGGAAUAUGCGCGCACUCCUAGAGAUAAACACACACACACAGACGGAUGACGGGAGAGUUAGCCACUUCCUCGUGAAUCGGUAUCGUGCUUCUUCUUCAGUUUGCUUGAGAGAGAGAGAGAGAGAGUGAGAGAGAGGGAUGUCCAGUUUUUGAUCGUUUGUGUUUUUAUUUUUGCUCCGUGAUGAUGGAGUGAGGGAUUGGACUUCACGUCAAAACAGAAUUAUUAGACAUUUUUAAGAUUUAGUGUCGUGCGCGUGCGCAGCAGAAAACCCAAACAGGUCAUGGCUUUAAGCAGCAGCUUUAUAGUUUGCAGUUUUUGCUGACUUCUACAACACACCGACACCGAUCUGUUUCUCUGCACACCUGUGCUGAGGGGUAGCGGCAGGGCAGCUCGCGCGAGACUACACCAAAUGUAAAAGUCCACCUAAACAGAAGUGUGUAAGGGUGCUCGCUACUUCACUCAUUACCUUCUGUAGCGUAAAUAACAAGCUGCUCGAUGCUGCCUAGUUGUCUGUGUGCUCGUCUUCAACUCAGCCCACACCAAAGCAAAACACCAGCGUGAGCGCACCGAUGUAACGAUGACACAAAGGCACAAUACCAAAAGUAAGAAGGCGUAAAAAAGCCGGCGCUCGCGCACAAAACUAGGUCGAUGUACCAAAAAAGUAACGCCGACAAAAGCAACCAAAGAAGAAGAGGAGGAGAAGGAAGAAGGACCGACGGAAGGAAGCUGUGAAGCCACGCGCAGCGGCGGAUCAUGUUCGUUCCCCUGCCGGUGCCGUUAGUGCUGCAGAGAGCUGCUCCCGACCUCUGGCGCCUUAAAGCUCCGCUGCCUCUGCGCUCCACACACGAUAUCAGGAUGAAUAAAGCAGUCGAUGAUGAGAAGAACGAAGUCGACUUUUCUGCAGACAGCACAGAUUCGAAGAAGAGCAGCCCCAAGCCUUGUGAUCAGACAAUGAAAACAUUCUGCCUCUCUCCAGCUCCAAGCCACACCAAGGUUAAAGCAGGAGACAUUCCUGAGCUCAGUCCCCAUGCUCCACCUCUUCCAGCUCAGCCUCCUCUACCACACACGCAGCUCAUGUUAGCGGGCAACCAGCUAGCAGGGCUGGCAGCUCUUCUCCCAGCACAGCAGCAGUUACUGCUUCAGCAGGCUCAGGCGCAGCUCCUGGCCGCUGCAGUGCAGCAGACCAAUGCAGCUCAUGCAGCUGCCGCAGCCAGUCAGCAACAGGCACAGCAGCAACAAGCAAAUCAGGGUCCAGCACAACUCCAGACGCAAACCAAAACAGAGCAGAGUCCAGUUCAUGCUCCGCCACCACUCGCCCUCUCACAGCCCAUCCAGCUCACUGCCCAGGAUAUCCAGCAGCUGUUACAGCUGCAGCAGCUGGUGUUGAUGCCGGGUCACCCUCUGCAGUCUCAGUUCCUCUUACCCCAGGCGCAAGCCCAGCAGAGCCAGCAGGGUCUGCUUUCUACACAAAAUCUGAUCCCACUACCUCAGCAAAGUCCCGGAUCUCUCCUGACCACGCCGUCCAGACUGGCCAUGCAAACACAGCGCCAUCAGGAGGCCAGGCCAUGCCCACUACAAAGGGAGAAGGGAAGGAACAGCAGCUUGACCCCAUCAGUAGCCACACCCAUGAGCUUGGCUGCAACUGUGACCUCACAAAGCGAGGAGCCCAGUGAUCUGGAGGAGCUGGAGCAGUUCGCUCGAACCUUCAAACAAAGGAGGAUUAAACUUGGCUUUACCCAGGGUGAUGUAGGAAUGGCCAUGGGUAAGCUGUAUGGCAAUGACUUCAGUCAGACCACCAUCUCACGCUUCGAGGCGCUCAACCUCAGCUUCAAAAACAUGUGCAAGCUCAAACCCCUGCUGGAGAAAUGGCUGAGUGAUGCAGAAACCAUGGCUAUAGACAACAUGCUGCCCAGUCCCAGCUCACUCUCUUCCCCAGUGCUGGGCUUUGAGGGGUUGCCUGGACGACGCAGGAAGAAACGCACCAGCAUCGAGGCCAAUGUCCGCGUUGCUCUGGAGCGAAACUUCAUCACGAACCAGAAGCCUACCUCGGAGGAGAUCCUUCUGAUGGCUGAGCAGCUCAACAUGGAAAAGGAAGUGAUCCGCGUGUGGUUCUGUAACCGCCGACAGAAAGAGAAACGCAUCAACCCCUCAAGCACCACCCCUCCCCUGCCCAGCCAGCCCCCUCCUGCCCCUCACAAACCCCCCUGCUACAGCUCACACAUGAUGUCCAAUCAGGGGCUAAUUCCAGCCACCACUUCGAGUCUGAAUGUGACAGCUGUUAGUCCUGCACCCUCUGCAGCCUGCCCUCCUCACCCUGUCGGCCAUGCGUCCGUAAGCUCCGCCCCCCUGGCAGUGACCUCGUCCCCUCUCAGCAGAGCUAGCCCCAGCCCCACUGGGAGCUCAGUGAUGGGUGUAAGCACAAGCCUGACCCCGGCUCUGAUCAGCAGCCAUCCUCUGGCCACAAUGCAAGCUCUGGCUGUAAGGGGUGGUCAGAUGUCCAUUUCAGCACUAGAGAGCGGCGGUCAAAUGUUCCUUGGUGGGGCUACAGCUCCAGGAGUGGGGCUAUGCUCCUCCCUCUUUCUUAACCGCCCCACCUUGUUGUCCAUGGCGACAGGCACCAGUACAGGAUUGGCUAACGCAGCACGUGCAUGUUCACCUUCCAGUGCCAGCCACAUGAGCCCAGACUCCUGCUCUGCUUCUCUGUGCUCGAGUCCUGCUUCGUACUGCUCCUUCAGUGAAGCCUCUCCACCACCUCUAGGAGGGGCAAUGGCUGAGUGACACCUGUAAGGGCCAAUGAAGGGGAGGAGUCAGAUUCAGCUGAGACAACUUGCCUUUUCAAGCGAAGCCAUCUUUCACCCCUCCAUUUUCCUCCUCCCACAAUACCAAAAAUAUCCUGAAGAAGGGAAGAAAGGGUGUGAUGACAGAGUGGACGAGCGAAGAAAUUUAUUGGUCAGUUCAUUUUAAGGGCAGAGUUGCAGUGCUUCUUUGUUGGCCAUAAAAAUAAUGUAAAAAAAGACACUACAAACAGCUGAGGCAGAAGAUAAGGACGAGAAGGUGGUGGAUAAAUGGAAGGAAGAUGAGAAGAUGACCACGGUCACUGGAUGGAAGGGAUGAGUUCAAACCAAAAUAGUAGCUUGAGAAAAAAAAAGACAAAAACAUGCCAAAAUAGCCGAAACCAAAACACCAAAAACUGAAACCAAAAAAAAAAAAAUCGGAGAGAAAAGCUUUACCUAAAGGACUUUUAAAGCCUGACUGUCCAGGAUCACAGGAUCAGAUCAUCAGCUCCACUCAUUUUACAGGUUUUUUUUUUUUUUUUUCAUUAUUUUAAAUUCUGCUUCAGGUACGAUUUUUUUUUCACAUUAUUUUUGUGUCGUUCUCAAUCUACCUCUAUCAUACGCUUGCUAGAGUAACUCUAUUUAAGAUAUUUGUCAUUAUUACAGAUCUCUUUUUCUCUGUAUUUGUACUGCUUUAACCUCAAACACUUUAGCAUUCUCUUUGUGUUAUGAUAACAAAUCAACUCAUUCUCUUCAUCUCUUGAUACCAAAGCAUUGUGUCUGUCCUUGUGGCAUUGGCAAGCAAGAGUUCAGACAAGACCUCAGAUUACGUCAGAAGAAAAAAAAAACAUCUAACAACUUAAAAAACAAAACAAAACUGAUGCUUCCCCAUGAAUCCUUUUGUGGCCCUUGAUAAAAAAAAUCAAGGAAACGAGAUAGAUCAAGAUGGAUGUGUGGGAAAAGAUCUCUGUAGGAAGAGAAAUUUUCUUUUCUUUUCUUUUCUUUCAACACAAAAGCAAACCAAAAAAAAACAAGUGAGCAAAACUAACAAAUGAGUGAACUGAAUAAAAACGAGGAACCACAAGAAGAAAAAAGAAAUAAACAAUUUUGAGGUGGUUGAAGAGGAUGUUUGGGGCAGCAGCUGAUCAGAAACUGUGAUAGACAGCUCAGUGGAGAAUGACCGCUCCAAGCUCCUCCUACCUCCUGUGUGACCUUGUUUUUUUUCACUCACAUUCCUGAGGAAUAUUUAUUGACCUCACUGAACUGAACUUAAAAGUACACAUACAUAUAUUUUGUUUUAUUGCCUUUUUCUUGCUUUCUAUGUCAAUGCUUGUCUCAUUCUUUCUAUUUUUGGGAUGAUUAGGAUAAUGUAUUGCCUAUUUUGAUAUGUUGUUUGUGGGGAGUUUAAGAUCUUACUGUGAAAAUGUAGCUUCCAAGUUAUUCCAUGAUCAAGAAUGUUGUGAGAAAAAAAUACCAAAUGAGCCAAAACUGUAAAAACCAAAUCCAAAAUCUUUUUUAAUACAUAAGUGAGCCAAAUAUCAGCCAAACCAAUGAAGAAUGGAUGGAGGGAUAGAGUCAACUACCUGCACUGGUGCUAGGAGAGAUUGGAGUGUGAGUGUGUGUGUGUGUGUGUGUGUAAACUUUUCUCCAGCAUAUAAACCAAACUGAAAUGAACCUACACACCAGAGAGCAGGGAGUAGCUACUGUACAUCAUCUCAGAAAAAUACAUAAAGAACACAAUGAUGAAUC